AAAAUCUGAAAUAAAUUUAAAAUUUAAAUGAUUUUGUUGAAAUUUAAUGGUAGAAUUGCGAUCAGGGAUAAAAAUUGCCCCGACGCAGCCCCUUUUUCAGUCUCCGCAGCAGACAGCUUCUCCUCCACUUCGCAGCCGACAGCCACCAUCGUUCCUUCUCCUCCAGCCUUUCCCAUCGGUGUCACCGUCUUCUGCUUCAGCAUUUAGCGGGCCACAAGAAGCCACCAUUUUAAUCGAAGGAAAUUGCACCCACCAGCAGCCAAGGGUUAAUUAAGUUGACGGCGAAGGAAAUCGCAGGCACCAGCGGCCACCAUUCAGCGGCGCCACCAGUAGCAGGUCGACGGAGAAGGAAAACGCAGCAGGUGCCUUACCCAAUACUGUUCUAAUAGAGUUGUCGUCCAACAACAGGUCUACUUAGUACUCACUAAAACCUGAGAAUGGGCUUGCAGUUUGAUUCAGUAUCCUGAUUUCCUUUCCUUGGUCUUUUUCUCCCAUUCAACCUUCUACUAUCACUAACUAUCCAAAGAUAUAGUUGGCAAUCUGAAAGCUGAAGCUUGAAACUUCCAUAAGUAAUCAAGCAAUGGAGGUGGAGGAUUGGGAAUCUUCUUCAGCUGAAUUGAGCGAUACUGAGGCCAAUUUGAAAGAUACAAAUGAUGAAGACUUGUACUUUACUCCUGGUUCUUUACCCAAGUUGCAAUUUAGGAGCGAUAUUUCAAAGGCUAGAUGGGAUGAUGAGAUAGGUAUGGCUGAGGUGGUGGAAAAGAAGGGAAAAUUUUGGACAACAACAGGAAUUGCUCACAGUGGCAAGAUCCACUGCUCAAUUGAGGAGAUAUUGUUUUUGGCUGAAUUGGGGGCAUUGGUGCUCAUGGAUGAUAAAGAUACAUGUAUUUCUCUAAAAGAUAUAUAUGGGAAAAUGGGAGAUGAAAAGAAUGGGUGUUGCUGGGAGCUGUUUGAAGUCUAUAGGCACCUCAAAUCUCUUGGUUACAUUGUUCAGCGUCAUGGUGUUCCUUGGUCUAUGAAGGGUGUUAGGAGCAACCAUACAUUUGAUUUUUUUCAAGGCACCUUAGAAAAUAAUGGGGUAACAAUAGACCCUGAGUUGGAAGACUCUGCUUUAAUUGUAGAAAAUGUAAGUAAUUUGCAGGUUGAUGAACUGAGACCCAAUUUUGACAUUUAUCUUCCAAAUAGCAAGUUCAGAAAAUCUUCUCCUGGUGAUCCAGCUUUUCUGCUCUGCUUCAUCAGGGGCAGUCCUCCAUCCAAAGCAAAAAUUGAAGCCCUUGAGAGACGGUUUGGUCAGGCACCAUUGAAAUUUUGCCAUGUAGAUCAAGGCCGUGUCAGCUUUUUUUCCUUUAAGAAGGUAGAGCUCCCUGUGCUUCCGUGACUUUUGGAGUGAAUGCAGGAACAAAGGCUUCAGCUGCAGCAUCUUUCCCUCCAAAUCUAUCAACCAUUCUUCUCUUUAUCUCUAAUUGACAGUCCAUGGUCAACUACUUAGAUCCCGUUUCCAACUACUGCUCCUUUCUUCCUCCACCUAGAUCUCUUGUAUGUAACAGUUGUAAUAUUCAAACAUUUAUAUCUUUCUAUGUAGCAAUUUGAGUAAAGAUCUUAAUGAAAGGUUUACAAUUA